CUGCUGGUGCCCGCGUCGCCGUCCGCCUCGCCGCUGACCCCGACCAGCGAGGGCCCCGCGCCGCUGUCGCAGCAGUGGACGGCGGGCAUAGGCCUGCUGAUGGCGCUCAUCGUGCUGCUCAUUGUGGUGGGCAACGUGCUGGUGAUCGUGGCCAUCGCCAAGACGCCGCGGCUGCAGACGCUCACCAACCUCUUCAUCAUGUCCCUGGCCAGCGCCGACCUCGUCAUGGGGCUGCUGGUGGUGCCGUUCGGGGCCACCAUCGUCAUGCGGGGCCGCUGGGAGUACGGCUCCUUCUUCUGCGAGCUCUGGACCUCGGUGGACGUGCUGUGCGUGACGGCCAGCAUCGAGACCCUGUGUGUCAUCGCCCUGGACCGCUACCUCGCCAUCACGUCGCCCUUCCGCUACCAGAGCCUGCUGACCCGCGCGCGGGCGCGGGCCCUCGUGUGCACCGUAUGGGCCAUCUCGGCCCUGGUGUCCUUCCUGCCCAUUCUCAUGCACUGGUGGCGGGCCGAGGGCGACGAGGCGCGCCGCUGCUACAACGACCCCAAGUGCUGCGAUUUCGUCACCAACCGGGCCUACGCCAUCGCCUCGUCCGUCGUCUCCUUCUACGUGCCCCUGUGCAUCAUGGCCUUCGUGUACCUGCGGGUGUUCCGCGAGGCCCAGAAGCAGGUGAAGAAGAUCGACAGCUGCGAGCGCCGCUUCCUCAGCGGCCCGGCGCGGCCCCCGUCGCCCGCGCCCGCGCCCGGC